CUCAAGAAGAAAACACCAUUGAAAAAGGUUAGGAAAACGUUGUUUCCUUCAAUUACGGUCGAAGUUCGAUAUUCGACGUUUCAGGCAAUCGCAUGUAAAACAUUAACACAAGAUAUUUAUUUUAAUAAUUUACGCUGAAUAAUUUUAUAAAAAUGGCAUUAAGUCCAAGUACGAAACAAAAAAUUGCCAUUGUCCUAGAAGUGACCAAAGUAGUAUUCCACUGGGGAUUCAUUCCCGCUGUGUUAUUUUUAGGAUUUCGAAAAGGUGCUGAUCCCGGCAUGCCUAAAUUAUCAAUUUUAAACUUAUUAUGGCAAUAAAUAACCCAUUCCAACAUUAUUCUACUUUACUUUUCAUGAAGCAUUUCCAUUGUAACACCAAAAUGUAGUCCUUUGUUACUGUUAAGUUUUGUGUAUGUUUACCUUUUAUGAUAAUAACAUUUUUUAUUUAUGGCAACAUGUUAGUAUUGCAAUGAAUUGGUUAAAAUAAAAAUUUCAUGGUUAUAUUAUAA